GGCGUAUAAUUAGAGUCCGAGACUUGCAGUGGGACUAGUCAACUUGAUCAUCCUCAUCCUCUUUCUCUUAUUUCAGAUUCUGAUAUUCUUCUUCUCCAUCUAAGAUAUUCUACAGAAUCCUGUUUCCUUUUUUUCCUUCCGGUCAUAACAUCACAUCCAUUGAAUACCAUCCAGCCGUGUCUGAAAAGUCUCCGUUUCACCACUUUUGCCCGAUUCUCCUGUCUUACUAUCUGAUCUUAUAUUAUCUUAUAUUAUCUUAUAAUAUAUUAUAAUAUAUUCAUCUGAUGAAAUGCGUUUCCAUCUGCAAGGUACAGAUUAUAGAUGCAAGGUACCGUUUACUCUUCUGGUCCCUAUAUAAUGCUAUAUCCGGAGACGUAGAUAUCCACCCCCUGGGUUGGUUGGUGCUGCUAUUAUUAUCUUCCUUUGGAGCGUACGUCGACCGUCAUCUAAAGUGGAUGAGAUGUUUUUCUUCUCGACGAUUCAAGGAUAUACACUCACACAACCUCUCAUCUAUGAGGCAAAGAGAAAUUUGCCAGGAAUGUGGGCAACCCAAUGCUUAUCUUGACGUGGAAUGCUUCUUUUUUCUUUCUUUCCCCCUUUUUAUUUUUACGCGAAUCCGUAACCGGACUAAAAUCUUCCCGAAUUUUCGCAUACUAAAACAAGAAAUACCCCCGUCGGGUCUUCCCACUAUACACAACACACGAUUCACCGCUAGGUUGAAAUCCAUUGGCUGAAUCAUUCACACACAGUUGGGGGGAGAGAAAACAAGGUAGUAGGGGAAAUGUAUAAUAAGGAGGUGAGAAAAAAGAAAAAAAAAAAAAAAAAAAAACAAAAAAAAAUAAG